AUGAUUAGUUGGUUGGAUUGGAUUACCACUGCAAUUGGACUUCCUUUCACUCUAAUAGUAAUAGUUGCAGUUUUUCUACAGGUGAAAAAGAACCAGUGUUGCCCUAUCUUCGUCAUCAACCUUCUCUUUUCUGAUCUUAUUCAGUUCUGUGGCAGAAUUACAUUAAAUAAGGGUUAUUUUAUUGGUUAUGUCAUCUUUAACUUUGGUCUAUUUGCCAGUGUUGGAUUCAUGGUCUGUAUCUCCCUGGAAAGGUAUUUGGUCAUUGCCAAGCCACUGUGGUACAGAUUCAGAAGAAACAUCAAGACAUCUGUGGUUGUCUGUGUCGUGGUCUGGGUUCUUUCUGUUCUUUUUUACCUAAUCGUUUUUCUGCCUUUUGAUCGUAUGAUUGUUUUCACCAUCUUGUCAUAUGCUUUCCUCCUGCCCAUCCCCGUGUUCAUCUUCUGCUUUGUUAGGACUAUUAAAGCUCUGUCUGGAGCCCUCAGUUUCCCAGCAGAUAAAAAAAGACGAAUUGCAGCCAUUCAGGUUGCAGUUCUGCUAACUUACACUCUACUUUUCAUGCCCAUCAUAAUUGUGCGGUUAAAUAAAUAUAGUUCUAUAAGUAUUUAUAUUUUUAAUAUUUGUCUGUUUCUUAGUCCCCUUGCAGACACAACUUUGUAUUUGUUAAGUCGGAAAAGCUUCCUGGAUAAGUUUCUGGCUUCACUCUGUUCUUGUGAAACAUCUGACAGUCAGGAGAUGAGCACCAGGGAUAUUGAAAGCACGACUGUGGCAAAUACUGAGACUGUGUAG